AUGUAUAUAUAUAAAUAUAUGAAUAAACUAAAAAAUUUUAAUUAUUUUAAAAUGAAAUCAGCGGUUCUUAAAUAUAAUAAUGAAAGUUUAAACUUUAAUUUUGAUGAAAACACAACCUUACAUGAUCUUCAAUUAAAAAUUUUAUUAUCAUUUUAUAUUAGCCCAUCAAAUUUUUAUUAUAAUGAAAAAAUAUUUUUAAAUAAUGAUUCAAAUGAAAAAUUAAUAAAAUAUAGUAAUAUAAAAGGAAAUGAAAUUUUAACAAUUAUAGAAAUAAUAAAUUAUAAAGAAAUUUUUGAUGAAGAGAAAAAACAAAUUGAAUUAAACAGAUUUAAAAAUAGAACAAAAAUUUUAUUCAGUUCCAAAAUUUCACCACAAUCAAAAAUUAAUUAUAGUGGUACUAUUAAUUUUGAAAAUGAAAUGGAAAUAAAUAAUAAUAAUAAAAAUGAAUUAUUAUUUUUUAAAUAUAUUAAAUAUAGUUGUUGUGGUGGUGGUGGUGGUGGUAGUGGUAGUGGUGUUGAAGAUAAUAUACAAUGUACACAUAAUAAAUCAAUUAAAUUUCCAGUUUUUCAAGAUGAUUCACAAUAUGAUAUAAAUUAUGAAGAAGAAGAAAGAAAUAAAAAUUUAUUUCAAAUAUUUCAAACAGACUUUUCAAAUCAACAACAACAAAACAAUAAUAAUAAUAAUAAUUAUAUGAAUGGGAAUUAUUAUCAUAAAAAUGAUUAUAAUCCAAUUGAUAUUAAAAAGAAAUUUAAAAAAUUUGAUGAAAUUGAUAAUGUUAAAUGGAUGACAAGUAGAGGUUAUUUAUCAUUAUUAAGAUAUAAAUUUAAAUUAUUUAUAAAAAAUCAAAAUCAAAAACAACAACAAAGAUUUGAAUUAUAUGGUUGGGAUAAUGAAAGUUUAAUUAGUUUAAUAAAAGAUUGUAAAGAUUUAGAAAGUAAUGAAAAUUUAGAAAUUAUAAAAUAUUUAUUUAAAAAUCAUUUUUAUUUAUUUGAUUCAAAAAUUAUUGAAUCUGUUGUAUUAUAUUCAAAUUUAGAAGUUUUUGAAUAUUUAGUAUUAAAUAAUUUUGGAUCAAUUGAUUAUUGUAUUGAAAGGGUAUUUGAAAAUUGUAUAGAAUGUAUUGGUAGAGGUAAUGGUAAUAGUAAGGCUAAAAUCAUAUUCGACAUGUUAGAAACAUUACAUUUUAAUCAAAUGGAUGAAAUUGAAUUUGGUGAAUCAAUCGAAAUCUGUAGUGAAUUUGGUAAUUUUCAAAUGGUGAAAUAUUUAAUAACAAAUAAAAAGCUAAUUAAUUUUGGAUAUGAAGCUAUUGAUAAGGCAUCAGCUAAUGGGUACAUUGAAAUAGUUAAAUAUCUACUACAAUUCACCAACUAUAAUUUCACAAUUGAUGCAAUUAACAAUGCUGCAUUCAAUGUGGGUGAUAUAUUUUUAUCAAUUGCAAACAAAUCAACAAAAUCUAUAGAAAAUGCGAUUUUGAAUGACCAUUUGCCGAUAAUAAAAUUUUUAAUUUUUAAAAUUUUCAGCACAUCACAAGAAUUAUUAAGUACUGGUAGUAUAUUUACGGAUUGUUCAUCUAGAAUGGGCAGAUUAGAGAUACUUAAAUUUUUUAUAAUAAAUUGUAAAUUACCACAACAACAAUCCAUUGAAUUAGCAUCUGGUGCCGGUCAUUUAGAUAUUAUUGAAUUUUUAUUACCAAAAAAUCAUAAACCAAUUCAUUCAAGUGCAAUUAAUUUAGCUAGUGAGUGUGGGCAUAUUGAAAUUGUGAAAUUAUUGAAAAAAGCCAAUGCUCUAAGUACAAUUUACGCUGGAGAAUGGGCUGCAUUCAAUGGACAUAUUGAAAUUAUUAAAUUAUUUAAUAAAAGUUCAGCAGAACUUUCCAACUCUGCCACCAACCACGCUGCAUCAAAUAAUCAAUUGGAAAUAGUUGAAUAUCUUUGUAAACUUGGUUUUAUUGGUACAAAUGAUUCGUUUAUUCAAAGUGCAUCAAAUGGUUAUUUAGAUGUCUUAAAGAGGUUAUUCCAUUACCAUGGUAAUAAUAGUUUACCAAUUGAUGAUAAAACCAUAGCCAGAAUUUGUAGUAGAAAUUAUUUAUCAACUCUAUCAUACAUCUACUAUAAUAGAGCAUAUUGUAAAAAUCCUAAACAAUCAUUUAACCAAAUUUACACAACAGAUGCAAUGGAUAAAGCAUGUAGAUUUGGAAAUUUAGAAAUUGUUAAAUUCAUUUUUAAUAAUCCUCCACUUGAUACUGUCAGUGGCAGUGGUAUUAGUAGUGGUAGUUGUUGUUUUUCAACUUACUCAUUGGAACUUGCAGCAUCUGGUGGAUUUUUAACAAUAGUUGAAUUCCUUUUGAAAAAUACUCAACAACCAUCAUUAUCUCGUGCUAUUAAAGAAGCAUCUAGAAAUAAUAGAUAUGAAGUUUUAAAAUUUUUAAUUCAAUCAAUGAAAUCUGAUCAAGAUAGAAUUAAAUGUAUUGAUGCAAUAAAUGUAGCAUCAGAAAAUGGUAAUUUAGAAUGUGUACGUUUAUUAAAUGAAAAUGGCUUCACUUGUACAAAUUAUGCAAUUGAUAAUGCAUCUAGAAAUGGUCAUUUAUCAGUUGUAAAAUAUUUAACAGAGAAUACAAUUGUAUCGUUAAUUGAUGCAUAUGAUAAUUGUGCUCAAAAAAAUCAUUAUCAAAUUUUAAAAUAUUUAUUGGAAAAUAGGAAUGAACAAAUUUCAAAUCAAACUUUAUUAAAGUCUUCAAAAAAUGGUCAUUUUACAAUUAUAAAAUUAUUAAUUGAUACUUUUUAUUUGAAUAAUAAUAAUAAUAAUAAUAAUAAUAAUAAUAAUAAUAAUAAUAAUAAUAAUAAUAAUAAUAAUAAUAAUAAUAAUAAUAAUAAUAAUAAUAAUGAAAUUAAAAAAUGUGGUCAAAAAAUUAUGUUACAAUUUUCAAAUAAAAUUGAACAAAUGUCAACAAUUAAUAUUGUAUUACAAAAUGCUAUCAAUAUUGGUAAUAAUGAAAUAGUUCAAUAUCUUUAUAAAUCUAUUGGUUUAAAUAAUUUAUUAAAUUUCUCUAUAAAUUUGGCAGAGAUUAAAGUAUUGAAUUUGGAAAUUUUAAAAUUCCUUUCAAAGAAAUUAUUAGUAAAGUUUGAAAGUUUUGCCAUUUCAGAAUUAUUAAAAAAAUUUGAUGAUUAUUAUCUUUUAGAUUUUUUAUUAUCAAUUUCAACUGAUAAAAAUAUAAUUCAAGAAUCAUUAGAUAAAAUUACUAGAAUUAGUAAUCCUUCAAAAAAUUCUUUAUUUUAUAAAAGAAAAUUUUCUUCAAAAAUAAAUUAA